AUGCCCGAAAGUAAAGUUGAAAAAAUAGAUGAGAAAAAUCUAAAGAGUUUUUAUACUGCUGUUGAUGAUGAUGAUGAUAAUUAUAUUCUUAUUACAAUUAUUUUUACUUCGCAACCAUAUAAGAAGGAAAAGCAUGAAUCAGGUGUUUUGGUAAUUUCAAAAGAGGAUUUUAAAAAACACUUUGGACCCAUUUUUUCCUCUCAGGCAUCAUUUGCCAUUAUCAGAGAUGCAAAUCCCAACUUUUGGGAAAAAAAUAGGUUGAAAAAUGUUCUUGACAGUAUUGGCGAUGCCUCGAUUGAUAAUGUAAUCAAAAAACGGCCAUAUUAUAGCGAUGAAGAUUAUUAUAUCAAAAAUCCAGGGGCUAAAAAAAUGCCAAAAAUGGAUUAUUUCCCAUUUAAUGUGUCAGAAAUUUUAGAUAUCGAAAACCGAUGA